AUGCGGGACGUACUCCAGACAGAAGAACUCGACAUCCCCGAGGGAAUUGACGUCUCCAUCAAGUCCCGCCUUAUCACUGUCAAAGGACCCCGGGGAACAUUGACCAAGAACGUCCGCCAUGUCGACAUGGACAUUCGGCUUAUCAAGGGAAAGACCGCAAAGGUCACCCUCGCAGUGUGGCAGGGCGGCAGAAAGCACGUAGCUUGCCUGCGAACAAUCAAAAGUCUCAUCACCAACAUGAUUACUGGAGUUACGAAGGGCUUCCAAUACAAGAUGCGUUCCGUCUAUGCCCAUUUCCCCAUCAACUGCAUCAUCCAGGAGUCGGGUCGUGCAUUGGAAAUCCGUAAUUUCUUGGGCGAAAAGACCGUUCGACACGUGAACAUGUUGGAUGGUGUCGUCGUCUCAGAAUCAAAAGCCCAGAAGGACGAGCUUAUCCUGGAGGGCAAUGACAUCGACAACGUUUCUCAGUCCGCCGCAUCUAUCCAUGGCGUCUGUCGCGUGCGGAACAAGGAUAUUCGAAAGUUCUUGGAUGGUAUCUACGUGUCGGAGAAGGGCGCAAUCAAGACUGAGGAGUAG